AUGCUCAGAUCACUGGAGUGCACCUACAUUGAUAAGCAAGAACGAGCAUUCGUGGAUCAGAACAAGUACUCGGCCGACCUGAGCCGACGCAGAGCAUCCAGGACUGCUCGUACCACGGUGAAACUGCAGCUGGGCUUGCUCACGCCGGUACCGGAUGAUUCUCACGACUCCCUGGUCUCGACAGCAGUACAAGGGAAGUGCAAUAACUUUUCCACCCCGACUAUUAGCGCGAGUGUCGUGUGGGAGCUCAAAGAUCGUGUACUCGCGCGCUUUCUGGGACGAUGGACUUCGGGCCUUACAUGCCUUGGACGACAGGAUGCAAUCAUCCGUGUGCACAAUCAAGCCAAGCAGACAAGUCCCAUUGGAUGUGCUAUCUUAGCCAUCGCAUUCGCUGAUCUUGCUGUCAAUGAGUCGCAUGGCGAUGCUGCGACACAGUCCUGCAUGGCGUACCAUGAAACAUUGCAACAGGUCAAGAAUCAAAUCGCUGGUCCUCUACUAUUCUCUGUGGCUGGAGACGAGUUCUUGACGGCGAUACUUGCCAUCGAUGCAUAUGAGAUCCUAUACAUCAGACGUCCGGCCCCGCUAGGAGCGCAUACCAGUGCGAUUGUCGAGCUUCUUCGCCUACGUGAUCUCCAAGCACCGGACUGCACGCACGAGUCUGCUUUCGAGCGCAUUGCCGCACCCAGGAUCUUGGCUCGCCAGCUGCUGUGCGGUCUGCCGUCGAUGACUCGGAAAGGGAGACACGAGACUAUGCUAGGCACCACCGUCCUGGAUAGGAGGGUCGCGAAGCUCGUAAAUGAGUCCUGCGAUCUCCUCUAUAUGUUGAAGGGUGGUCUGUACGACUCUGCAGUCGCUCGAGCGAGUGAUGAGGGACAGGCUAUGGCCAUGCGGAGACUCUGCAGCGUACUAGUCGACACGCAGCGCUGGCUUGAUUCUGACAAGCACGUAUCAAGAUUAUGGAGAGUCGAAGGACAUGGCCUGGAGGAUCAAGCUUCCCCUCUUGUGUCUGCCAGGCCAUCAAUACUGGUAUCAGGACAGAUUUGGGUGAUUCGAGAUUGGAUCCUGUACCAUAUGUCUCGCAUCAAGAUUUUUGAGGCAAUAAUUGACAAGAGCCGAACUGGAUGGAGCGAUGUUGCAAGCAGACAUUUCUCGAAUACGCAGACAUGCCUGGAGGAGAUCUGCUCAGGCUGUAACUUCUUACUUGACACGAUGCCGUUCCUGAUCGGUAGUGUGGAUGUCCACGGCGCAGCGACUGGUCUGCCACUAAAUGAUACCGGCCUGUUGAUAGCACACUACCCACUAUGGCUGAUCGAGGGCUGCAAGUACGCUUCGCCGGAUUCUUUGCAUUCAGCUAAGGCUCUGCUUGGCUAUAUUCAGGCACAAAGAAGUCUGCGGUUGGAAAGCAAUCCAGCAUGA